AGGAGAGCUUAUGAGGGUGGGAAAUGCCACGUCGUGAGACCUCUGUGUUUGAGGAGACGUGUAUACUUAAGAAGGUUUGGUAUUUCUCACCAGUCUGGGGAACGCGGCCCUCUGAGAUCAGCCUGACUCGGAUGGUGAACUGAAGAGACGGAUAACAUCCUGUCCUCAGCUGGCCGCUUAGCUUGGAUCUUGAGUGGGCUUCAGCAUUUUGAAGGAAAGCAGAGCUCCAGUGGAGGGGAUACCAUGUCCUAAAGUCUCCUGAAGGCUGCACGAAAUUGAGAAUUUUUCCCCAGGGCAGGUGGCGUACAUCAGCAGAGAUCAUGGUGGCAUCAAGUGUAAAGGCUUUACCGUCCAUAAGAAUAAGGGCCAGGUCUUGGUUCUACGUCUGGAUGCUCACUGCUCUUUGGCCUCUUUCGGCCUACAGUCAAGACUACGUGGGGUACCACUCAGGAGAUGAUGGCGUGCACAGUCAUGAAGGAUCUGCAGUGGAAGAUCUUAAUGGAGAGCCGUCUGCAUUUCAUCCACCAGAGGAAUAUCCUGCCAAACCCACACCCGAAUACGAAGAGCCCACCGUUUCACCCUAUGACCCCUAUCCUCAGCCUACACCCAUAGUUACCAUGAUCACUGAGGAGGUGUACGCCUACCCCACCACAACCGAGUCUUAUGUCGCCGCCAAAGAAGAGACCACCAUGACGACGAGGGUGCCCUACCGCUACCGGACCACCACGCCGAGUCCAUAUGAGGACAUCUUUCCAGCUCCUGGCAUCUCUGAUGAUGAAGGGACAGACAUCCUGGGAGAGAUGAGGCUCCGCACCAUGACGGGAGUGAAUGUGGUGCCCGGUACUCAAAGAGAAAAGUCAGCUUACCGACUGGGACAGAGAGUGCAGGCCAGCCGGGAGACAAGGCUUGUUCAGCCCCAUGGCUUCCCUCAGGAAUUCUCCAUUGUGUCCACCUUGCGCAUGAGAGACGAGACUCCUCAGGAGGUGUGGAACCUGUUGAAGGUCAAGGACAGGCAAGGGAGAGAUCAGUUUCACCUGAGGCUGUACGGGGAGAUCGAUGCUGUCGAUGUGUACCAUGUGGGCGCCGCAGGAGACGAGAAGGUCACCACGUUUGAGAACGUGGAGCGCCUCUUCGAUGGAGGCUGGCACAAGCUCGCACUGAGCGCUCAGAGGAAUCGGCUCACACUGUUUGUGGACUGCAAGCAGGUGGGCAGCUCCCCCUUCUCCCAGUACGGAACAGUCAGAACAGAUGGUCUGACAUCCGUGGGUACAAGAACUCGUGAUGACGUCACUGUUAUGGUUGACUUACAAGAACUCCAGAUCCAUAGCACUGCGGCCAAAGCUGCAGAUGCUCUCUGUUGUGACAUCCCCGGAGUGGAAGAUGAAAGGUGUGCCCUGAUGGGGUUGACGGCUGACCCAACCGAUUGUGACUGUAUGCCUGGGGAGCCUGGUUUUGCUGGUUUCACUGGGCCAAAGGGUGACAAGGGAGAACAAGGACCAGGUGGAUUUCCUGGAACUCAAGGAAGACAGGGUUACAAGGGGAUCAAAGGAGUCCUGGGAAGAGGAGGCGAUCCCGGCCCAGUAGGUGACUCUGGACCUACAGGCUCCGAUGGUGAAUCUGGCUUUUCUGGGGCCAUGGGAAUUCCAGGACCACCAGGAGACAGUGGAGUGGUUGGAGGCUCAGGUACCAAGGGUGGAGUUGGACUGACUGGUCCGAUUGGAGGUGUUGGACCCAAAGGAGAGACUGGGAAAUUGGGCUUACCAGGAACAAGAGGAACUGGUGGAGUAAAGGGCUUGAAGGUACAAGAAGCAGUUGUUUAA